CAAUUUUGUCCCGUCUUUGCGAAACUUAAGAAAAACCCAACGACAAAAAAAAUUCCUUAACAAGAGUUUUAUGAGCGUGGUAGCACUGAAAAUAAUAAUAAUAAGUAAAGCCACAGUGAGCCUUUCAGCCAUUUUGGUUUAUUUUAUCACAAAACUGAAGCAACGUGACACGCUGUAUUGUGAUUUUAUAAAGUGUUUUUUUAAAAAUUGAAUAAAAUUAAAAGAAGAUAAUAGACAUGACUAUUUGUAGUGUUCAUAAUUGCACACACUCCAGAAAAAAUGAUGUAUGUAUUUUACAUCGAUUUACAUCGAAUGAAAAAAUUUGUAAAGAGUGGGUUCGUCUUCUAGGAGAUGAGGACCUUUUGGGCCUUACACCACAAAUGUUGUAUCAAAAAAGAACCGUUUGCGGUUGUCAUUUUACGGACGAUGAUUAUGUUUCUUUCAAAAGAAAGAAACUGAAAAGUGAUGCGGUUCCAUCAAUAUUUGCAACGGAGAUCAUUCCUUUAAAUGACGAGCAAAUGAAGUCUUUUAUGCCUCAAAAUAAUGUGGUUGAAUCUAGCAUAGCUGUUCGAGUUUCAGUGGACCACGAUGACUGGCAGAAUAGUUUGAAUAAACGAAAAUCACAUGCAAUUGAUACUUGUGACUUACAAGUUGCUGAAAAUGAUACGUUUAUUAAUGACGAUAUUGAAGCAAGCCGGACGCCAUUAAAUGUGAUUCAACAAAAAUCUAAAAGAAGAUCGGUAGAUAUGGGUACUAUCGCGACAAGUGUUAGAGAAGCGACUCCUAGAAGGCAGAGAACACGUUCAUCAGAAUUAGCGUUUGAAAUGUUGGAUACGAAUUCAACAGUUCAGAAAGUUUAUCCGUUCCCAUUCAAUGAAAGCAGCAAUAUUAACGGCUUGGAGUAUGUAAAUAUGCAGCAAGUGGUAAAAAAAAAAAAAGGGAUAUCUCAUCAAGCACUAUUAAGGAGAUUGAAUGGUUAUUUAAAAUAUAUGGAGACUUCACCCGCUGAGGAACUGGUUUCCAAAAUUGAUUCAUUAUUAAACAAUUAUUGUAAACCCAUUAAUUUUCGACGUGUGUGCUGAAUUUAUAAGCACGUCGCGUCACAAAUUCCAAAAAAACAUAUUAUUAUACGCCCUUUUGGCCUAUGAAAGUUUUCUAAACCUAUAAGGGCGUAUAAAAAUAAGUCAUUUCUGAAUAAGUAACGCGACAGAAUGUACGCGCACUUUGAAUUGUAAAUAUUUUUUGAAUUUAUAAUCGUGUUGUGUGUAUACAUAUUUAUAUAUAUUUUUUUCAUUAAUUACUUAAAUAACACUAAAUUGUAAAUAUUUUAUACAAUUGCAAGCGCAUUAUAUGUAUAUUAAUCUUAGCGCGCGAAUUUACAUUUCUUGGCAGUCAAUCAUUUAUUAGGUAUAAAGUUGUAAAUAUUUGAUUAAAUUACGAACUAGUAAAAUUGUUAGUAAAGUUGUUACUAUACUUAUUCAACAACAAUGUAAUAUUUUAAACCGACAAGUGAAAUUUGACGAACAAAAGGCAGCAAAUGACAGGAAAAUCUCUGAACUUAGUGGUAAAGGCAAAUGAACUGUUAGCUGGUUUAAUUUGGAGCGUUACGUUGUCUCAUGAAGAUUUUAAUGUACAGGCUUCGAGUGAUUUCCCUAUAUGAGACAUUUUAAUAUUACAAAUAUUUAUUUUCAAUUAUUUUCAUAUCUUGUUCGUGAUUGAUUGUUAUACAAUAAAAUUUAAUUUAUAUAUUUUUAUAA